ACUAAAAAAACUCCCUUCUGUUGGCAAAAGAUUUCGCAGAAAAAGAAUUCGUACAUAUUUAUAGUGUAAUUUUACGCACACGCGACUUUUAUGCUCCAGACGAAAAAUCAGCUCAAAAUGGCUUAGAACCUCGUUUCUUUGCUGCUUGUUGGUCUGUUUGAUUUGUUGAUAAUUUGUUUUGUGAAACAAGCAUCGUGCUUACGGUUAAACUUGUGUUGCACCUUAUUUUGUAUUGCAUUUAUCUGGUUUCUUUCUUGAUUAAUAAUUUUGUUUAUAUUAUCAUCUCUUUUCAUAAUUACACAUUCGUAUCCAAAUGGCUUUCGCUGGCGACGGUCCACCAUCGAAGGAGACCAUGUGUGAGCACUGCCAUGAGUUCAAAGAUGCAUAUAGGCGGAUAAUUGACAAAUACAAUGAACACCUAAAACUGUAUUGGGAACAGAAAGAGACGCUGAAAAAAUCAGAAGCCUCUGUAAAGCUGCUUAACGAUAUGCUACAGCAGGAUAAACUGCACAGGAAGUUCCUGGAGGAACGCUUGGAAACCGCAGAGCAAGCGCUAUUUUUACGGGACGAUGUUCUGGGAGGGAGAGGUGUGGGCGGGAAUGGUGGGAAGGAGAAUGAAAUGGCCACUGCAGAACAGGUGCAGAUAAACAGUCCAGAUCGGUGGAUCGGAAACGAAACUGUGCAGAUACCUCUUAGAGCCGAUAUCUCGGCUCAUAUUAAUGUUUCGGACGCACCUGGGAAUUUUUUGUACGACCCCGAUCAGAAGUGCGCAGUGCCGGCAAAUACAAGUAACUGCCAACCCGCUUUGGCAGAACCGCUUUUGCCACCCAACAACACACAUGCUCCCGAUGAACGUCCGAAAAAAGUCACCAUAGUCGAGACCGCACUCGAGCGUGAGUCAAAAAGCCGACAUGACAGUGCCGAGGAUCAUCAAUCAGCACAACCCGACACAACUGCCACCGAUACCAUCGGUAAACUUCAGUCGUCUACGGAGGGGCUGUUGAAAAAGGUCAUCAAACCCGUCACGGCUACGAAAUCCGCGUUCCCGCUGCUGCGCCCAGGGAACGUAGUGGACCGUCCCGGAUUGGGACUUGAUAAUCCGAAACCACCAGCACGCCAGCGAGUACCGCGGAGUAUGCCGGCAGAAUACAGUAUGACAACGAGUGACUCGGAUGCGACCACGAGCAGUACAGCCAGUAGUGAGUCAGACACACCGCCAGCCAAGGCGGCAUCCACGCUGAUGAGUCGCCGGGCUCAGCGUGCGUCAGCUGCCGUGCGGCAACAGCAGCAGGGUGCCGGUGACCGGAAAAUUCCCAAGAGUCAGAUACAUACGCGCAGUGCCAAGGCGGCACCGCCUUCGGCAGCGUCCCUAAAUGGACAGCUUGACCUUAGAAAAGCACUCCUGAAAGGGAAAGGGAAAGAAACCACUCAACGCACCAAAGAGAGUAAUGCCGCAAAGGCGCUAAAAACCGCGGAAUCCAGUCUGUUUAAAGAAUGGAAGAAGCACCAGUCGUUGGCACACGACGAAAGCGACCUCAUGCACGGAAGCAGUGAUACUAUGGUGGACAAGACUGUCUUUCACGAUACAGAAUCGGAGACUUCCAUGUCACAUCCAGGAAAAUCGUUUCCGGCAUUUCGUCCUUUUUUUAGACAAAAAGUAUGCAGCUGAAAGAUGAAUACACCAAGCUGAAGUACGAGCACCCAAUUCCACAAUGGCUACCGCGUGCCGGAACUGGACGGAGUAUUUAUUACUAGGCAAUUAUUACUGCACGUAGGACGAGAAUUUGUUUGCAUGUAGAGCCAAGCAUUUGAGUUUUGCCAAAUAAUCUCGGCAGCGGAGUGUUUAUUUCUUUAUUUCUUUUUUGGCAUGCCGGUGCCGGUGUGCCGGACCACACCUUCGACUGCAUUGUUACUGGCACAUAUAUAAUCCAUAAUUAAUCCAUCUUGCGAAGCGUAUAAAUGACAGCGGAAAUAUACCCAUUUUUGUAGAUUAUCAAUCAUGUCGAGCGGUAGAAAACGCCGAUUAUACGAUUAAGAAACAUUUUGU